GGCGGCGCCUCUCGGUUCGAUAAAGUAGAGGACCUAAGAUCGAGUAUUGGGAAACCGCCAUGGAUCUCGUCCAUAGCCACCACCGCCGGCGUUCGCUUCUCUUCCUCCUCCUCCUCCUCCCCCUCUUCUUCUUCCUGAGCGCAUGCCCUGGAUCCCGUGCCGAGGUGAUAACCCUCACCGAAGAAACUUUCGCGGACAAGGUGAAGGAAAAGGACACCAUUUGGUUUGUACAAUUCUGUGUGCCAUGGUGUAAACACUGUAAGAAUUUAGGAACACUGUGGGAGGACUUGGGGAAGACAAUGGAAGGUGAAGAUGAAAUAGAGAUAGGGCAAGUUGAUUGCAGUACAAGCAAACCAGUGUGCACCAAAGUUGACAUUCAUUCAUAUCCUACAUUUAAGAUAUUUUAUGAUGGCGAAGAAAUCGCAAAAUAUAAAGGUCCCAGACAAGUCGAACCACUUAAACAAUUUGUGCUGGAUGAAGCAGAUAAAGCAGCAAGAGCAAAGCUAGAAGCUGAUUAAAUGACAGACGGAUCCCAGGAUCUCGACUUUUUCUUGCCAAAGACGGUUGGCCGAGUUUUAUUUUCAGUAGUCACCAAGCUUGCUUUUUUCCUUAAUUUUUUGUGCUUCCAGUACCGGUUAUUUUUUAUCUUCCCCCAACAAUCAAAUGGGACAUUGACCACACAAUUGUUGCCGCACCUACCAAUACAUUCUGAAAUUGUGUUGUUUAAUCACUAAAAUCCAGCAUUUAGUGUCAAUUUAA